CACCAACCGACCGACCGACGCCAGCUUAUUUUCAUCUUCACCCCCGAGACAGCACAAUUCAAUAUGGUUAAGACUUCAGUCCUCAAUGAUUGCUUGAACGCUAUCAACAACGCCGAGAAGGCUGGAAAGAGGCAGGUCCUUAUUAGGCCUUCCUCCAAAGUCAUUGUCAAGUUCUUGAGCGUUAUGCAAAAGCACGAAUACAUUGGCGAGUUCGAGGAGGUUGACGACCACCGUUCCGGAAAGAUAGUUAUCCAGCUCAAGGGACGUAUCAACAAAACUGGAUGUAUCUCUCCUAGAUACAAUGUCAAACUCGGCGACCUCGAGAAGUGGGUUGUCAAGCUUCUCCCUUCCCGUCAGUUCGGUUUCAUUGUCUUGACCACCUCUGCCGGUAUCAUGGACCACGAGGAGGCUAGGAGAAAGCACGUCGCCGGAAAGGUCAUUGGAUUCUUCUACUAGAUACCUGCUGGAAAUGGGGGGGGGGGUCUCAGGGAUGUCUUAAAUGUAGUGGAUAAAAAAAAAAUCGCUUGGAUCGACUAAGAAGUUUUUGUCCUUUCCUUAUCUUUUUUUAUUCCAGGGUAUGGUAAGGGAUCUAAAUUUCAUAUCAAUGGAUUUUUGCCUUUCAGGAUGGUUCGGGUUGGCGUUUUGGCUGUUGGUACUUUUCAAAUUAGGAUCUAAACCCCUGACGGCCGUUACCGCCGUGUUCGUACCCCAUGAUCAUGGAAAAAUUGUAGUCCAAUG